AUGACUCCCACUGCCGAGGGUGAGGAGGGCGGUACUGGUAUGUCCAAUGAAGACCAGAAGGAGGAGGACGACGAGGAGCAUGUCAAAAAUCGCAGCAAAGUCUCAGCGGUCUCGUUUAAGCCACCGUCGCCGGAGCGGGAAAGAACUCUCCUCGGCGAGCUGCUCUUCCUCAAGCUUCAGAUGCUCUUGGGCAAGGAGAGCCCUGUGGAGAUGAGCUCCAAGGUGGUGGGCAUGCUGUUGCAACUGCCACUGCCAGAGCUUCGGCAGUUGGUUGGCUCGUCCUCGCUGCUGCGGCAGAGACUUGCCGAAGCCCUGAAGCUUCUGGGCAUUCAGCAAGCCGCGCCGACUUCGACCUCCGGCGAGGCUGCUCUGGAGAUGCGCCCGCCGGUGGCUCGCCAAGCCGAGUUGCUGUUUCUGGCACUGAGCUGCCUCCUUGGCGACCGAGACCUUGCGCUCUCCCUCACGAGCUCUUUGCAGCGACGCCUCACGGAGGCGGAGUUGGUGGCCUGUUUGGUAGAAGAGAAAAGGCUCCGCACCUCCAUCAAAGCACUCUCCAAGACGUUGGAGAAGGAGCUGAAAGACGAAAAGGGUGCCGAGCCCAAGAGCCGGGCGCGGUCAAGGAGACGAAGCCAGCGAAAGAAGGCGCCACUUCCAGCGCAACCUCAGCAAGCUCAGCCACCGCGACAGCCAGGUGCCGCAAAGCGGAACGUGACAGGGCCCAGCCCCGGCGCAGAACGUGGCCCUGCUCCUGCAGGCGGGAAUGCUGGCGGGCCAGCGUUUCAGCCCCGCCCGGCCGGAACCGCGGCCAGCCUGCAGGUGCCCCACAGGAAGCUCGAUUCUGCCCAGGCGGCCUCCGCGACAUCAGCAGCAGCUGCAGCCGCCUCGGCCACCACUGCCACGCCUGGCAGUGCGUCCGUGGCUGCCGCUGGGCCGGCAGUGGCUAAAGAUGAGGCAGCCGUGGCCGCGCCGGAGGUGAAGCAGGUGGGUGCCGCCCCAUCUGCAUCUACAUCUUCGGGCAAGGCCAUUCAGCGAAGCCAAUCGCAGGCACCACAGGCAUCUGCACCGACACCUGUGGCAGAGGCCUCCCGCGCAGCCCGCGCUGCCAGCGCCGAGCCAGACCCGAAGCGGCAUCAGGAUUCUGGACAGUCUCGACGCCCGCAGCGCACGAAGCGAAAAGGCCACGUGUGGUCGCCAGUGACAGAUGCCUUCGAGGUCGCACGGGCGAAUCUGGCAGAGAGCGAGGAGGCGAAAGAAAAGGCCUCGACGUCGAAGCCCUCUGCGAAGGCCGCCAAGGCACCUGCACCGCAACCCGACCGUCUGGCUCAGCAGGAGAUUCGUCAACAGCUGCAAGCUCUUGCCGAAUCCAAACUGCGAGCGGUGGAGAACGAGGAUUUUGAACUGGCUCAACAGCUGAAGCAGCAGGAGCAGGAGCUGCAGCAGCUUUGUGGGCCCACGAAGUCCUGGGCGUCCAUCGCCACGCCAGCAGUGCCACCAACUCGAAGCGUGAAGCCAGGCGUGGGAGUUCCUCCGAAUCCGAAUCGCAGCCUCUCACCUGCGCGGACGGCGGCGCCGAAGACCGGGAAGCUGGUGUUCGUGCUGACAGCCCCAGCGCGCAUUGCGACGGCAGCAUUGUGGAGAGGUCGAUCUCUUUGCUGGGACGACGUUCAUGAGAUUGUGUUCAUCUUCGAGGAUUACCAUGCGCUUCACAUAACACCGCGAUUUGUGGCGAGCUGCCCCGAGUACCAUCUGAUAAUGGUUCUGGCGCGAGCACUGGAGGGAACUGGAAUGCCAGGCUCGAGCUGUGAAGAGCCAGCACCAGAGUUUCAGCGGCAGAAUGGAUACGGGGCGAUUUCCAAGGUUGCCAAGUAUGGCCGAUCUGCACCGUCCGCUGUAGUCUUGCUGCACGAGGCUUUCCCACAAAGUCUGGGCCUCUUCGACCGAAGUGCAGGAUCACGGGGCGACUCCCUGAGAAAUCUGGUCUUCUUCCUGGGAGCGGUGAAGGACAUGACGCCCGAAGAGAGGGGUGCUGUGCAUCGAGCCUGCCGCCAUCACUCAGUUCCUUGCGUGGAGGCAAACCUCGGCCAACAGGCCGAGUUUACCUCGAAAAUCAUCGAUGUACUGCACGGGCACCAUUUGUACGGCCGCUUGGCCCCCGCUGUGUGGCGAUGCACGCGGCAUCCACAGAAGGCUGAGCAGGCAGAGGUAACCCGUCCAGCUCCACCAAGUGGGCUGCUCUGGGUUUUCGUCCCGCAGCUCGCCAAAAAAGCGGAUGGGGCUGUCGUGGCGGUUUGGAUGACGAAGUGCUGCAAGGAAGAGGGACGGGCAGUACGAAAUUCCGCGCUGCUGCAUUUCCCAGCUCUGGUGCUCGAAGAGAUGCUCGGCUCUUCUCGCAAGGAUGGUGAGCAUCGAAGCCAUGCCUUGUCCUUCGUUUACCCGAACGGAGAGGUGUUGACGGUGAACCCGUCCUUGGUGACGUGCCUCAAACUCCAGCACCGUGCAGCGCCGACGGAGCGGAAUCUGGUGAACGCCCUCCGUGUGGCCACAGGCGAUUGGAAGGCCGAUCCGAACUUGACGGUGGACGAGGGAUGUGUUGUCCUGGGCAAAGCCUCGGACAUAAUGGCGCAGCGAGGAGGAGGCGCUCUCCUUCCGCAGCGCACGGCACUGGUGGAUUUGGAGCUCGACGGGAUAUGGAGUAUGGACGGCCAAUCAGGUCCCGGCCGAUUGGACGUGUACGCGUCGGUCGAGCAAGAGACGCAAAAGCCUGUGCGAGACGUGGUCGUGCUGCUUCAUGGCGAGCGUGACUUUCCGCGCGGCUUCCGGGAGUCACUGGCCCAAGGUCUCCUGGGCUUCAAGAGCUUUUCGAAGUCGCCCUGGCAGCGCCUCUUGAUGCCACGUCUGAGCAUCCAUGCUGCCAUUUCCCUCCUGGGACAUUACUGGGACACGCGAGCCUUGGCAAGCCCUGGGAGUUUCCUCCAAGCCUUCGCUGAUGUACCCAGGAGUGUUGUCCUUGUCAGUGUCUUCGACUUCGGUCGCAGGCUAGGCUGUUUUGCAGUGGAUGUUCGCGUGUCAGCUUUGCUCUUCGGACACUUGGCGGCGGAUACUUCUCCAGUUCGGUCUCCGGGCAAUGCUGCUCGGGUUGCCUGGGAGGAGCUGAUCAGCAGUGAAGAAGACGGUGGCGACGAUGGCGAGCCAUGGUCCAGUGCGUCGAAAAGGAACGAGCAGGGGACGCAAGCACGCAAUGUCAUGGACAUGUAUGGUCUUCGUCUCAUCAACAACUUCUACGCGGACUUUGCAGGCACUCGCUCGGACUUCGUGAUUGUCGGGCACCCCGAGUACAACCUCGGAAAGGCCCAGUCCGAUUAUGGCUACAAGGAAGGCUGGGACAAUCGGCCGAUUCCGUCGAAGCCUGGGAGGAGCUUGCCUGGCGACAGAAUCCAGCGAAAGGGCAAAGCAGCCUACCUGGAAGCCUUGGCGAAGCCUCCUUGCAAGGCAUCUUACAAGGAGCGGGCGCUGGCCAAAAGCCAGUCCGACACGCAGGUAAGAGCUCGGGCUAGCGGCCGAGACGCAGGUGGCACCAUUGACACCUUCUUGGAGGAGCUGCAGGCAAUGGAGAAGUUGCCGCCGUGUUCCCCGAAUCGGCUGACCUCGGGCUGGGCAAAUGACAUCAGAUCUCAACCAGUCAUGAAACAUUACUCUGCGGUGCAGGAAGACCUCGAAGUUCUGCGCAGGCGGCUACAUCGCACGCCCAGUGCGGUGAAGGCAGAGCUGCAGCAGGAUGAUGCUUGGCGUUACUAUGACCUCUACUUUCAGCAGGCCAAGAAGAACGGAGAACAAAUCAGGCAGACCAAGCUGAAGGCUAACAAGAUGAUGGAGAAGGCCAUGCGCGGGACGGAUUGA